AUGCUGGCAUCUUCUGCGUCAACAGAAAGGGUGUUUUCAAAUUUUGGUAGUAUUCAGACAAAACUCAGAAACAGACUUGGGAUUGAAAAGACUACAAAACUUGUGUUCAGUUACACAAUGCUUUGUGAUAAAGAAGAACUAGACUGUCAUAUGACUGAAAAAGAGGAAGAUGUAUUAGUAAACUUAAGACAUGAAUUACAUGAUGACUUCCUAAAAACCAAGAACCAUGCCAAACUGUGGGAGAGAAUUUCUGAAGAGCUACCAAAUAUUGGUUGCAAAGUAACAAAUCAGGAAGCACUCAAUAAAUACAGUUCUUUGAAAAAACAAGAGCUUCGAGCUAAAAAGUACAAAGAAGUCAUUGAUGCCCCCUCAGGAUCUGAGAAGAAAUUCUUUCGACAUCUGGAAAAUUUCAAUCUGACAUACGGAACAAAAUCCAGUACCAAACCCAAAGCAACUGUAGACACUAUGGAAGAAACGGAGAGAUCAUUUGGGCAAAAGCAGACUGGUGACACACAAGGGAUGGAAACCACUGUCAAAUCAGAUAAACAAGAGCACUGUCUUGCGGGUGCAGAUGCUCAUCUGACUUUUUUGUCUCUGUAUAAUAGAAAUAUUGACCUACCCAUGAUAUUCUAAGUCCAAAAGGGGUCAUAAUUCUUGCAAAAAGCAAUGAAGAAUUACAGUACUUGCUGUGCAGUGUCAGCUUUUGAUGGUGAAUAAGUGUUGCAAGUUUUAAAGCAAUAGCUUUGACCAUAAAGGAGAAAAGUUGACCUUAACGCAAAACUUAACAAAGAAACCUGAUAUUUUCUAAGUCCAAAAGGGGCCAUAAUUCUUGCAAAAAGCAGGAUGGAGUUAUGUUUCUUGCUGUACAGAGUCGGCUUUUGAUGGUGAACAAGUGUUGCAAGUUUUAAAGCAAUAGCUUUGAUAGUUUAGGAGAAAAGCUGACCUAAACACAACUUUACCAAGAAAUCUGAUUUUCUAAGUCCAAAAGGGGCCAUAAUUCUUGCAAAAAGCAGGAUGGAGUUAUGUUUCUUGCUGUACAGAGUCAGCUAAUGAUGGUGAACAAGUGUUGCAAGUUUUAAAGCAAUAGCUUUGAUAGUUUAGGAGAAAAGCUGACCUAAACAAAAAACUUAACCAGGCAAUGCUGACGCUGAUCAAGUGAUGACAAAAACUCAUCAUCUUUUUUUCAAACAAGAGGGCCAUGAAGGCCCUGUAUCGCUCACCUGACCUGACCUAAAGAUCAUCAAGAUGGACAUUCUGACCACGUUUCAUUAAGAUAUGGUCAUAAAUGUAGCCUCUAUAAAGUGUUA